GGAAAGCCAGAUUGAAAACGAUGAUAGCAAGUUGCAGGUUGCAAGUUGCUGAAUAGUUCAACUUCUGUGGAGUGUGGAGGAAUCUCCAAGUCGGUCCGCUUUUGUUGACGCUUCCAGAGGCUUUCCAAGUUUAAAAUAUUCCAAUUUGAACUUUCAAAGGGAGGUCUGCGAAGGGAGAAAGUGAGGGAGAGAAAAUCUGCGGAAAAGCGAGGCAGAGAGAACGAUAAUAUAAAAUAUAUAUAGAUAUAUAUAUGUUCUGAGAGAGAGAGAGAGAGAGAGAGUGCAGCAGCCGAGUUGACGCAGAAAAUCUUGUGUAUAUCCAAAAGAGGAGGUAGAUAAAAGGAAAUACCUUUCACAGAAUCUUGUGAUUAUUUCUGGAAAUAGAAGUUGGGAAGCUGAUCCAUGGUUUUUGAACUAGAAUCGUCGAAGCGAAAGGAGCCCUGGGUGCUGGGUGAUGCUUUUGGAGAAGGACAUGGCGAUUUCCAACAAUUUCGAGGUGGUCAAGGGCUCCGCCGCUUCCCCCGCAGCAGUCGAGCUCCGUCUGCCUGACGUUGGCCGAGCCCUGAGGAAUUUUGUUAUUAGUAGAGAAGCAGGAGAGUUUCUCAGCGGUGCGUUAGCUGGUGCCAUGACAAAAGCUGUUCUAGCUCCUUUGGAAACCAUCAGGACAAGAAUGAUUGUUGGAGUUGGAUCCAAACAAAUAGCUGGCAGUUUUCUCCAGAUCAUUGAAGAGCAUGGUUGGCAAGGGCUCUGGGCUGGAAAUACGAUCAACAUGGUGCGAAUAAUACCAACUCAGGCGAUUGAGCUCGGAACUUUUGAAUACGUCAAGCGUGUGGUAUCUUCAGCACAAGAGAAAUGGAAAGACCAGGGAAAUCGAAAGUUGCAAGUUGGCAAUCUAAUGGUGGAUCUUUCAUUCUCAUGGAUCUCUCCUAUUGCUGUUGGUGGUGCGGCUGCCGGUAUCGUGAGCACACUCACUUGCCACCCUCUUGAAGUAAUAAAGGAUCGUUUAACUGUGAAUCGAGAGAUUUACCCUUCCAUUAGCCUUGCUUUUAGAAAGAUAUGCAAAGAUGAUGGUGUUGGGGGCUUAUAUGCUGGCAUUUUUCCAACUCUUGUUGGCAUGCUUCCUUACAGCACAUGUUACUAUUUCAUGUAUGAGACAGUAAAGUCAUCAUAUUGUCAGUCAAAGAAGAAAAAGAAUUUGAACCGCGCCGAGUUACUAGUGAUUGGGGCUGUUUCAGGCUUCACGGCGAGCACCAUAAGCUUUCCUCUAGAAGUAGCACGGAAACGGCUCAUGAUCGGCAAAAUGCACGGAAAAUGCCCGCCCAACAUGGCGGCCGCACUCGCAGAAGUCAUUCGGGAGGAGGGGCUUCUCGGCCUCUACAGAGGAUGGGGGGCAAGCUGCUUGAAGGUCAUGCCUUCAUCUGGAAUUACCUGGAUGUUCUAUGAAGCAUGGAAGGAAGUUCUACUUAUGGAUAAAUUCAAGCAAUAACAACUAAGGUGUACAGGUUCUCUGAAAGAUACCUGACUACCAUGAAUUUGGUGGAUCUAUUUAAGUCAUCCGCCUAUUAAGAUACUCAAAGCAGAAAGUAGCAUAUUUGUUAUAUGCUGGAAUUCCAUGGUUCACAAGCCCCUUUAAUACAAUCAAAAUUAGCCAAAGGCUCAUUCGGUUGCUUUUAGACAUUUUUUGAGGGAUUUUGAAAGUGAUUUUAGAGUUUAAGCAUAUUUUUCUAACUUCCAGCAACCACAUGGGCCCUGAGAUGAUUCAGAAGUGAUUUUGAAGUUCUCAUAGCUGACAAGAUUGAUUUUUUUGGCGGCCAUUUCUUUUGGUUGUUUUGAAUACUGAGCUUUCUCUCCUUAAGAUUUUGUUUGGGAUGGUUUUCUUGCUGCUUCUUAAAGCAGCUUUCUAGUACAAAAGUUAAUUUUUUAUACUAAAAAGCUGUUUUAAGAUGCAAUAAGAAAGCCAUCUCAAAACAAAGCCUAAGUGUCAGAAACAGGAACAGGAUUUACAGGUGUAUUGAGUUAUUGCAGGCUUAUUGCCUUUGCUGUCACUGAUGCUAUAUCUACACUGUUUAUCUGUUUAAUUCCAUUAAAUUUUUCUUCA